CUGAUCUGCACAACUUCACCAGGUGGAGAAAUGGCCUCAGAAAACAGGGAAGUUGUCGCUCUGGGUCGACCUUUCACCCUAGGAAUGCUCUAUGAUGCUCGGAAAGAUGCAGUGAUCCCAGGUUUGAAAUUGUGGGAUGAGAAAACUCUACAACAGAAAACAGUUGAAAUCUCUCAGCAGAGCAGUGCAUUUGAAAUUUCUUCAUCCGACUCCAUUGAUGAAAAGUCCUCUCUGCUGGAUGUUAACACUUCUCUGAAGGCCAGUUUCUUGAGUGGACUGAUUGAAGUCGGAGGAUCUGCCAAGUAUCUGAACGAUAAGAAAAAAUUCAAGAAUCAGAGCAGAGUGACGUGUCAGUGCAAAACGACCAUCAACUUCAAAGAGCUGUUGAUGACUGACCUUAUGACGAUGGACACCCAACAGCUAGAUGUCAUUAAGAAGAGCACCGCAACACAUGUGGUCACCGGGAUCCUGUACGGGGCAAAUGCUUUCUUUGUGUUUGACAGUGACAAGUUAGAAGCCAGCAAGGUUCAGAACGUCCAGGGCAGCAUGGAAGCUGUGAUAAAGAAGAUCCCCUCAUUGGAUAAUGAGGGAAAAACUGAAAUAAAGCUGACUAAUGAAGAAAAAGACCUGACCAAGAAAUUCUACUGCAAAUUCUUCGGAGACUUCAUUCUUGAAAGCAACCCUACAACAUUUGAAGAGGCAGUGAAGCUUUAUGCACAACUUCCACAGCUACUGGGAGAAAAAGGAGAGAAAGCUGUUCCACUGAAGGUCUGGCUGAUGCCCCUGAAGAAUUUGGACACUAAAGCUGCUGAGCUCUCAAGAGAGAUCACUGAUGGACUCGUGAGGAAGAUGGCGCAUGCUCUAGAAAAUUUAAGGGAAAUAGAAAUGAGGUGCAACGAUUCCCUGGAAGACAGAGUGGUACAGCAUUUUCCACAGAUUCAAGAACAGUUUGGCAGUUUCAAAAAAUUGUGUAAUUAUUAUACAGCUAAUCUCCAGAAGACCAUGGCGAAGAAACUUCCUUCCAUCCGUGAUGGUAAAGAAGACGAGAGCUCAGUAGAAGAACUCUUUGAAGACCGAGACAAGUCGCCAUUCAGUCGUGAAAAACUGAGCGAGUGGCUGGAUGACAAAGACAGAGAAAUCAAUGUCAUCAGAUCCUGUGUAGAUACCAUGGAGGGAAUAAAGAUUGUCCGAAAUCAGUCAGAGCUGGACAGAGAGGUUCUUGCUCCAAGCGUAGAGAAUGCUCUGUGCUUUGUUUUCACCUCCCUGAAGAGUGCCGACCCCUGCCUUGAUGAGAUGGCCAAAUUCUUGGACUCAGGUAGCAAAUCAGACAGUACCAAAGAAGAGCCAUGGUACUUCUCAGACGAGGUCUUCGCCAACAUGAGAAGAAAAGCCACAUGGUUUAGUUUUUCUGCAGCAGCACAGAAGAACAACAGCACAUUGCGUUACUUUGUGGGAAGCAUUGCAAAUGAGAACUACACAGGAGCAACCAUCUACCAUUACCAUAAGGGCGUUCUUCAAACGGACGAUUUUUCAAAGCCUGACUCCCCUGAUGUGGAGACCAUCACUGACAGAAGAGAUUUGAUCUGGUAUGCCACUGAUCUCACCCUGGACCCAAACACUGCAAACGGCUACCUCACUCUGUCUGAGGGAGACAAGAAGGCAACAAAUGGAGAACUGCAGUCAUACCCUGCUCACCCAGAGAGGUUCGAUACACAUCCUCAGGUGAUGUGCAAAGAGAGCUUAACUGGCCGCCAUUACUGGGAGGUAGAGUGGAGUACUACUCAUAAAGACUGCAUUUAUGUCGGUGUUGCAUACAAGAAAAUUGAAAGAGGAUCAGGCAAACCAGAGAGUGAGCUUGGACAAAAUACUGUGUCAUGGGCUUUUGGUCAAUAUUUAUCAUUUACAAAACACGUUCUUAGGGCGUAUCGUAAUGGUUUAGUGUGGGAAAGUCCUCUGCCCUCUGAUGGCUUCGACAAAGUCGGGGUGUAUCUCGACUGGCAUAAUGGCACCCUGUCCUUCUACAGAGUCUUUGGCAACACUGUGAGGCACCUCUACACCUUUCAAACCAUAUUCACUGAGCCUGUUUACCCAGGCCUCGGCGUAAAGAGGAAAUCCAGUCAUGCGUACCUGUGUCCAGUUGAGUAA